AUGGUGAAGUUUCUCAAGCCAAACAAGGCCGUCAUAAUCCUCCAAGGCCGAUAUGCAGGUCGCAAGGCAGUGAUCGUCAAGCACUUCGAUGAUGGAACCAGAGACCGUCCCUAUGGUCACUGUUUGGUAGCAGGAAUCAAGAAGUAUCCGAGCAAGGUUAUAAGGAAAGAUUCUGCUAAGAAAACAGCAAAGAAAUCGAGGGUCAAGUGUUUCAUCAAGCUUGUUAACUACCAACAUCUGAUGCCGACUAGGUACACUUUGGAUGUGGAUUUGAAGGAUACUGUUUCUCCUGAUUGCUUGACAACUAAGGAUAAGAAAGUUACGGCUUGUAAGGAAACAAAGGCAAGGUUCGAGGAGAGGUUCAAGACUGGGAAGAAUCGUUGGUUUUUCACUAAGCUGAGAUGUCCUGGUUUGCUAUGUAACUGUGGAGUUGCAGAAUUGCUCAGGUGUGAGCUUGCUAUGGAUGAGGUUUUUCUUGAUGAGUCUCAACUUAGGAUGUGUCAGUCUCUAGAAUCAGUCCUUCUAAUGUGGUUUGCCCCAGCUAGCUCAUGUGAACUACCUGAUUCUGCUUCUAUAUUGGUGUUGAAGGUUUGUAGCCGAAGGUUAUGCUUCAUGAAGUAUGAUGACGAUGUUCCAUGUAAAGUUAAAGAGGACAUCAUAAGGUCUGCAUUUUCAUUUUCAUAUAUUUGGGAUCAGAUGUGCAUUAUUUGCAUAAUUGGUGUUACGUUCUCUCAGCUUGUGUUGUUUCCAAAGGAUGUUGGAAAUUGGGAGAAAGGGGUGUUUGCUCUCAAGUUCAGGCCCAGAGGAAUUUCUGCUGCUGGACAAAGUUUAGUGGCCAAGCAGUUGAAGUUUGGGGUGCUGGCUUAUCUUGUUUUGGACCAUAUAAUAUUAUUGAUUCUCGAAUGCCUUGUGUGUUAUUCUUAA